UAUAUAAAGCGCCUCAGCUGGUGUCUGUCACCAAACCGCCACCAGCCGCUGAAGACCGGAUUAGCAGCUCGUGCGUGUUGUCAGGGUAACGGCAGCCAUGUCUCACGGAUGGGGAUACGGACCCUCUAACGGGCCUGACAAGUGGGCAGAGAGCUACCCUGUGGCUAACGGGGCCAGACAGUCUCCCAUCAACGUCGUGCCCAAGGAGGCCCAGUUCGAUUCCUCUCUGAAGGCCCUGAAGCUCCGGUACGACCCGGCCAACUCCAGGGGCAUCCUCAACAACGGACACUCCUUCCAGGUGGACUUCGUGGACGACACCGACAGCUCCACCCUGACCGGAGGCCCCAUCACUGGAACCUACCGUCUGAAGCAGUUCCACUUCCACUGGGGAGCCAGCGACGACCGAGGCUCCGAGCACACCGUCAACGGCAUCAACUUCCCCUGCGAGCUCCACCUGGUGCACUGGAACACCAAGUAUCCCAGUUUCGGAGACGCUGCUGACAAGCCUGACGGACUGGCCGUGGUCGGGGUCUUCCUCAAGAUCGGGGCUGCCAACCCGCGGCUUCAGAAAGUCCUGGAUGCGCUGGAAGCUAUUAAGACCAAGGGGAAGCAGACCACCUUCGGGAACUUUGAUGCCAAGACUCUCCUUCCCGGCUCUCUGGAUUAUUGGACCUACGACGGUUCACUGACCACCCCGCCUCUCCUGGAGAGCGUCACCUGGAUCGUCCUCAAGGAGCCGAUCAGCGUCAGCCCGGCACAGAUGGCCAUGUUCCGCAGCCUCCUCUUCACUGGAGAAGGAGAAGCGGCCUGCUGCAUGGCCGACAACUACCGGCCUCCUCAGCCGCUCAAAGGCCGAAGAGUCCGCGCCUCCUUCAAAUAAAUCCCACUCCACCGGCCCGCCUCCCGCCUCCCGCCUCGCUCGUCCUCCCGUCGCUGAACAGCCUCUCUCUCAGUGCACUUUGCAAGUCUUAAACCAUUUCAUUGUGCUCGCUGCUCUAACCUGCCGUGCUCUAUUAUGUAAUGAAUCAUAUUUUAUCUGCUUUAUUUAUAGGGGGAAAAAAUUGUUCCAAUAUUGAAACUAAUUAAAAUUUUGAAUCGUGUAUUUAUGUAGUGUGAAAUUCUGUCUGUUGUCAUGUGACCUUAAAGAAGGUGAAGAAUCUUCUUUAACAGCAGCACAAUUCAGUUCGCAGCACUGAAGUAACAUGAACACUGGGGUGUUUUCGGCAGCCAAAAAGAGAAUCUGCCCUUUCCAGAUUAUCUAAAUGCUUCAGCUUUCCCCCAUUUUAACCUUUUUUAAGCUCUUUCUCUGCACCCGAUGGCGUUCUGAGUUGUGUAGACACGCCUCACGUCUUGACUCGGAGUGGUGACGCCAGACGGGAUGUGAGUUUGAAUGAAAACCAGUCCAGGUGCCUUAUAAUGUCAGCGGACGCUGCCUUUGAUCGCCGUGUGGCGGCGAUGAAUUAAGCCAGAAACCUUUCUGCAGCCACUGAAAGUCUCUGUGCGCUCGAUGUGUUUAACUGUGUGAAUCAGAGGUCAGGGGUUUUUCAACUUCAAGCAUAAUUCAUAGAAAUGAGUGUAAAGUAUUUAAAUUUCCUUAAAAGACGUGGAGGUGAAUCUCUUCCCAUUGUGAAAUUAAUGAAGGGAUAUCUGUCUGUCUGUCUGUCUGUCUGUCUUUAGUGAAAGAGUUUUGGACGUGGGGGGGGGGGGGGGGGGGUCGUCUGCACUUUGAAAAACUCUUUAAGACAGAAAUGGCCUUUAAAAUCAACAUAGUUCACUUUAAGUAUUUAACAAAUAGAUUUCUAUUUCAUUCAGGGGCAGAGCCAUCGAUCAAUACCUGCUGGCCGAGACGGAUCAGAGAGCAGGGAACGCUGCCUUCAGUUUGUUGAGUUUUUUGGUGUUUGCAGUGCAACGAGGGUGGAAGAGAUGUGAAGUGUUUGACUGAAACCUGCCGUCUCGUCACACGUGGAAAAGCGUUUGUUUGAAUCUGACAUGUCGCGAGUGAAAAAGAAGUUUAUCAAUAAAACUCUUGAACUCGA